UUCCCACUCGCAUUUCUUUUCUCUCUCGCGGUAGCUGCUGCUGAAUCAGUUACCCUAGAAAGGCUGCUUCUUCAGCGCUAUCUCUCUCCCUCUCUCUCUUAGGGCUCUGAGCAAUCAGCUGCUUAAUAAGGCUUCUAGAGUCUCUGCCGAGUCAAAUUCAAUUGAAUCGGUCCGAUUUUAGCUGGAUCUGAACGCUUUGGGGUGCUUAUCUCGGUACAUGUUUUCUCGGCUGGGUUUCGGUGCUCCGUGUUUAUUCUAGUUAAGUUUCAAUAAUUUUGCUACUAUCACUUGGAGAGAGGGUGAAGUAUCGUUGAGAGCACAAAAUGCCCAAGGAUAGAAGGGGCCGAUCUGUGUCUCGUGAUAGGUAUAGAGCAUCUCCUUAUCCAUGCAGCUCCAGUCAUACAAGGCGGCCGCCACCCAAAAUUCCUUCAGAAACUGAGGAAAAUGUGAAAGAAUGGGAAGACACCAGGUGCCCUGUUUGCUUGGAGCAUCCACACAAUGCAGUUUUACUCAUAUGUUCAUCCUAUGAGAAGGGGUGCCGCCCUUACAUGUGUGACACAAGCUACCGCCAUUCAAACUGUCUAGACCAGUACUGCAAGUCAUUUUCAGCAGAAACCUCACCAACUGUGCCACCAGAAGGAGAAAAUCAGAUUUUAGAUACUCAGUCAUCUCCAGCUGAAACUCUUGAAUCAACAAUUACUCAUGUGCAAAAUGGUAGAAUUGAGGAAGAGCCCCCCACCAUGAAUCCCAUAGCCUGUGAGCAUGAGGCACAGCCAAAGCUUUUGUGCCCCCUCUGCCGCGGGGAGAUAAAAGAUUGGAUAAUCGUGGAGCCUGCUCGUUGUUUCAUGAAUGCAAAAUCAAGAAAUUGUUCUUGCGAGACAUGUAGUUUUAUUGGAACCUAUGCAGAUCUUAGGAAGCAUGCUAGGCUGGAGCACCCACAAGCACGCCCAUCAGAGGCAGACCCAGAGCGACAGCGUACCUGGAGGAGUUUGGAACGACAGAGGGAUUUUGGUGACCUGCUCAGCACACUCCAAUCUUCAAUUGGAGAGGAUAGGGGUGAUGAUAGCAGUUUGCCAGUUGAUGAUGGGGGUUGGUUAACUGUAGUCUUUCUAGUUCGAGUAAUUCAACCUGGGGCCAGUUCAAGGAGCAGCACUUGGUCUGGUCCCAGAAGAACCAGAGCACAAGUUAGAAUGAGAGGGAGAGCUACCACACUUUGGGGGGAGAGCUAUGAUGGCGAAGCUGCAUCUGGUUCUAGAGAAGAGGAUAAUGAUUCUUCAGAUGGCAGCACAGGUUCUAGGAGGCGCAGCGCGCGCCUUCGGCGACGGACAACACCAGACAACCAGCCAUGAUUGCAUAUGUAUGAAGAGUAAGUUUGCUCCAAUUCUGUAUUCAGGAGCUGUCAGUGGCGUACUGAUUGUCGAAAUUCUGAUUUAAAGAAAUGUAUGUGAUUUAGCGAAUGAAAUGGAAGCUCGUUUCCUUCUACCCUGGAGCCUGUUCUACUGAGUUGUGGAGCAGUGUCGCUUGGUAUGGUAAUGCUGAUAAAUGUCAGGCUGAGAGUGAAGUCCUGAAAAAAAACUUCAAACCAGUUUAUAUAUAUUUAUUUCACGGUCUUCCCCAA